CACGUUUUAUUUGAAAAGUAGUAUAAUAAUGAUUACAGUUACCAUUAAAAUGUAUAAACUACAUAGCGUAAAGAUACAUAUCUUUUUGUUAAAGGAUUAACGGUAUAUUUACCGUUAUUAGACAGUAGUUUUGAAAAAUCUUAUAAUCAGCUGAAUGGUAGAUGCAUAUGAAAUGAAUUAAAAAUAUAUUACGAUAUUACAUUAUUACGAUUAUUCUUAAUUGUAGAUAAAGUACUUAGGUUACUUCUAGUUUAGUCAUAAAUAAGGCGAGAAACGUGUUACAAAUUUAUAUAAUAAGAGGUUAAUGACAGGGAAAGAUAAUAACAAAGAUAAAUCGAUACUAGAAUCACCGUCGAUUAGUUGCACAGUUCGUGUCAAGAACGGUUGCAGACGAUAUAUCGAUAUUUAACGUCAACAUUCGAUUUUCAGUCGGAGAAAUAUCUGACAGUUUGUAGAAUGCGAAAAGUUCGGAAUUUUUGAAAAUUCGAUACAAUAUCAAUAUUCAUUAUCGCAGAAGGGUUUGUGCGUGGGCGAAUACGUAAAGGGGUGGUUAAAGGCGCUGGCGCGUUAGAAAAGGUCGGUUGUCGACGCAGAGGGUCGAGAUUCAGAACCGAGAACGUAGGUUACGAUGCUCGCGGAAAAUCCGAGAGAAAAUGUUCGGGUCGUUUACUCAACGGGGUUGCCAAGCGAGUAUCGAUUGGGUGAAUCGAGUCGCAGUCCGCGAGGCGUACAUGGUCGGAAAGGAAAACUCGACCGAAUUUUACCGAGAAUUGUCGAGGAGCGUCGCGCGACGUCGCGUCGCAACGAGCAUUUCGACGUGGACGACGACGAGUGAUUCGGGGUGGUAUGACUGUUACCAGUCGUGCGAAACGAUCGUGAAAAGCAUAAAGUAAAAAAUGAAUCGUGAGGAUGAAAUGAUUCGAAGGACGAAGGGGCUAGUCGAAGAUAGACACGGAGAUAAAAAGAAAUGAAGGGAAAAUUACAAGGAACAGCGGCGGAGGAACGUAACCGAGGAAGACAUUGGUAGCGGGUAGCCGCGAAACGGAGAGGUCGCGUUAUGCGAAGAAGCGAAAGCACGAAGGGCGUUUUAUCAAAAUGGUGUUCGUCUCAAAACGCGUUCGUGACACCGGAACGCAGAAAAUUCAGACGCGUGCACGGACUUCAACUGCCGUUACACCCUCAGCAAGUGGUAGGCUGGAUCGUGAGUCUGUUAAUCGUGGUAAACACGUUCGCGGUAAUAACGCCGGUUCUCGGUCCGAGCUUACGAUCGAUCUUUUCGAUCGUGAUCACGGCAAUCUUCUCGACGCACUUUUUCUCUCACUUGACCGUGCUUCUGUUAGAUCCUGCGGACCCUCGAGUCAGAGCUCAGCCAACGAACAAGAUCGUACCAGAAUUCGACCGAGGAAAACAUUCGCGUGUGAUCGAGAACGGUAGGUGUCAUCUGUGCAACAUCACCACCGACAACAACCGUACGAAGCAUUGCUCUAUCUGUAACAAGUGCAUCGUCCGAUUCGACCAUCACUGCAAGUGGCUGAACAACUGCAUCGGAGCUAGAAACUAUACAGCUUUCCUCGUCUGUUUAAUCUCCGCGAUUCUGGCCAGUCUGUUCGUCGCCGGUGUCGCCGCGACGGAAUUGUUGCUCUCAUUCUUCCCCGACCGCAUCGUCAUGUUGGAAGGUUCGAACGCCACCGGAAACGCCGUGCCUGCAAUCCUGCCUCUCUCUGAUGCAGUCUCGGUAGUGCUGGUCUCCGCGAUCGGAAUUCUAUCCGCGAUCGCAGCGAUACUUCUGAUCCACCUGUGCCUGUUCCACGGUUACAUCGCUUGUCUCGGCCUAACAACCUACGAGUACGUACGCAAUAAACGACGAAGAAACACGGUGACCGCAGCCGCCGCUGCCGCCACUGCGACCGUCACAGCUACAGCAACUGUCACAGCCACAGCUACAGCAACAGCUACGGCCACCGCCACCGCUACAGCAACAGCCACAGCAACCGCCACCGUGAUCGCAACAGCGAUCGCCACUCAAACCGUCGACGCGGUGGUCGCAGCUCGCUCGACCGCUUUACGAUCCGCUGAGCUUACCGAUCGGACUGGUCUCGGCGUUACCAACCGAGCUGAUCUCGACGUUACCGAUUCGAAGACCAUUCGACGCGACAUUCGUCGACUCGUAUCCGGCCGCCGCUCGUUCGUUUCCCCGUUUCGAGCCGAAGACUCGAACGCUACAAACAGACAGAUCGACGUCGAGGGUGAAUCGAAUCGUGAUGGAACAAUCGCUCGACGGGACCAGAAGAGAAACUUUCGACUGUGCCUGUCGACGCAGCGGAUAGACUCCCGAACGAACGACGGUUCCCAAGAAGGAGCAGCACCGUUUAGUGACUCCGUAGGCACCGGUGCAGGCUCCUCGUCCCCUUCGCCGGUCUCCUGCUGUUUCGCUGCAGCCAAUUCGAUAGCCGUGCAUUGUCGCUCGAUCGGUAACAAGAGGAGCGAACCGAAGAAACGGUCUACCGACGAAAGAGUUGACUCGCUCGACUCCUUACGAGUAUCCAACACCUCCUGCGAAACUGUUGAACGAAUAGGAAAAUUUCUUCGCUCGUAUUUAAAAAGGGAUCGCCGCCGACGACGACGACGACGUUCCUCGUCCUCCAGUGUCUGCGCCACGAAAGAGAGCAGCGGGACUAGACUCGAGAGUCAACGUCGAACGGAGAUCAAGAUGAAUCUCGAGAGCAAUGUUCCUCGGAACGAUUCCGUGGAAGCGAUAUCAAUGCCUCGUCCACCGACUAGAUUGCCCCCGUUGCGUUACUCGAACGAUCAGUCGAUCUCCAGUCAGCUCGAGCAAAAAACAAUCGUCUCGGCAACGAGGAGAACCAUCGGAUCGUCUUACGUGCGACCUCGUCGAACCUUCUCCUUCCGAAAGAGACCGAAGUUGAAACUCAAUUCGCGCGUUACGCAAUCCGUCAGACUGUCUCCCAUCUUAGAAUCGGAAUUCUCGAAAUCAGUUACCCCCCGAUCCUCCUGCUCCUCCCCUCUCUCUCCCGCUUCUGCUCGCUCCACGCGUUCUUCCUCUUCUUCGCGAAUCGACCGGUUCGUUCCGUCUUCGCCGGGAAUUUGAGAUCCAUCUUUCCCGAAUUAUUCUCGUUUUCUUUUUUUACCGCAUUUGCCUCGUUUGUCCCACGUUCGCCAUGCUGCUUUCGCAAAACAUCGGGAUCGCGCCUUCGUUACCUAAAAUUAUCGAAUUUUCGAAUAACUCGAUUUGGACUAACAGGAAGUGCCUUCAGAUUACUUCAAAAAAUAAAGAAAACGGUUCUCCACAAGGAG